UUCCUGCAGCUUAACUACACUGUUUCUUUAAAUAAACCAACUGCGAUCUCGCUUGCUGAAACAAAAAAGCGAAGGUUUAUAUAUAACCAGCUUCCCACUGCUGCCUCCCUCCCGUGUCACUGGUUUCCCAGCCCUCUGCUAUGCAAUGCCCUUGAGCAGUGCAAGUCGAUGUGGCGUAGUGUGAUUUUGGGCGGCUCUAAACAGAGGAACGUGUCCCACUUGCGGCUCGUUACACACGGCUGCCUCGGUUCUUUCACUGAACCGGAGCUGUGGUGCUGCUUUUGUAUUCCUGGCAGCAGCUGUCAAUUGCCAAAGCAGGUGAUUAGGGGAUUGGGGCUUUUUUCCUUUUCUUUUUUUUUUUUUUUUUUUUUUUUUUUUUUUUUUUUUUUUUUUUUUUUAAUUUGCACUGAAAACGUGUAUUGCUUCCUCUCUCGUAUGCCUUUAUCUCUGAAGGAGAUGAUUACAUCCCAGGUCAUCUCUUCCUCUGUCUGAUCCCAAUACACCACCCUAACUCAUAUAACAGGAUAUAUAAUCAGGCUUUUUUAAAAAUCAGCCUAGAAAGCGUAUCUGCGUGUAAAGAAAGGUGUCUCUACCGCUGGGGGAACAUGGCGGUGAGUUCCCAACUUGUCUCCAGCACCAGCCGCGUCCGCCCUCCGGGGUGAACUGCGCCUCCUUCUCACCCCCCGCCGCCGCUGUUCCGGGGCUGCCACAGCCGGGGAUGCCGGCGGCUCCCGGGCCCCUCUCCCUCCCUGGCGCUCCCGGGCCCCUCAGCGCCCCUGGCGGCCGCCGCGCGGGGCCGGGCCGGCUCCGGCUCUGGCGCGGGGCUGCGCAGGCGCGGCGGGCGCGCCGUGUCGCGGCGGGCGCGCGGGAUGCGGGCGGCGGGAGCGCAUGGCAGGUGGCGGGAAGCGGAGGCCGCGCGGCGCGGCGGGACCGGCCGGAGAGCAGAGUGAAAAAAAUGGGGCUGUCAAGAAGAGAAGAUCAAAUCAGGCAGAUAAUCCUGUUAGUCUUUGCCAAGAAGCAGAAACAUGCUAUCAGCUUAGACUGCCUGAGGACUUCUACCAGUUUUGGAAGUUUUGUGAGGAACUAGAUCCUGAGAAACCAAGUGAUGCACUUUUGUCAAGUGUUGGACUUAAACUGGUUGGACCAUAUGAUAUUAUUGCUGGAAAACACAAAAAAGCAAAAUCAGCAGAUGUGAACUUCAAUCUUCAUUGGAGAUUCUUCUAUGAUCCCCCAGAAUUUCAGACUAUACUUGUUGGGGAUAGCAGAACACAGUAUCACAUGGGAUAUUUCAGGGAUGUGCCAGAUGAGCUCCCAGUGUGGGUUGGUGCAAAUGAAGCUAAGAAGGGUUGUGUGAUUUCACAAGUUGGUGAUAAUGUCUUUGCUGCAGUCAAAUUAUUUUUGUCAAAAAAACUUAAGGAAGUGGCUGAUAAAAAGAAAAAUGCUGUUUUGAAAGACAUAGAUGAAAAGCUAACAAGAACAGCAAAAGAACUGGGUUAUUCUCUGGAACAAAAAACCCUGAAGAUGAAACAGAGAGAUAAGAAAGUGGUGAGCAAAGCAUUUCAUGGAGCAGGCCUGGUUGUUCCUGUAGACAAAAAUGAUGUUGGAUACAGAGAACUUCCUGAAACAAAUGCUAAUCUUAAAAAAAUUUGCAAGGCCAUUGUUGAUGCUCUGACUGAUGAGGAGAGAGUGAAGGCCUUUGCACCCAUUCAAGAAAUGCUGACUUUUGUUCAGUUUGCUAAUGAUGAAUGUGACUAUGGAAUGGGGUAUGAGCUGGGCAUGGACCUAUUUUGCUAUGGAUCACAUUACUUCCACAAGACGGUGGGCCAGCUGUUACCCAUGGCUUACUCCCUGCUGAAGAGGAACCUCUUUGCCGAAAUCAUCGAGCAGCACCUGGGCAACCGGCGGGAGGAGGACCUGGAUCAGCUGGUGCCCUGAGCCACGGGGGCUGCAGCUGGAGGGCGGCUCUGCGAGCCCGGGACCGGGCUUGUCUUGUGCGUGUC